AUGUAUGAGCCAUUUUAUCUUCCAUUUGACGCCUAUCCCAGCGUGGUCCCCCGUGUGAGGGUACGAGGCGUCAUGGCUCUCUUUCUGGCAGUCAGCAUCCUCUGGGCUCUGAGCUGGCUUCUGUAUCGGGCGUGGCAGGUCUGUCAGACACCCAAUGAGGUGCUGAUUGAAAAACUUGGUUUGGAUAUCCCUCCGCCACCAGAAGUUACGCUGGAAGAGAUAACCGCUCGCGAGAUCCGAAUUGCUUGGAAACAACCAGAGUUUCACAACUCUAUUCACAAGCAUAUAAUACAGGUAAAUGGCGCAAAAGUGGGUGAAUCCAAACGAGCCGAAACCGCCGUCGAAAUCCAGAAUCUUAUUCCAGGAAGCAUAUAUCACAUAUGCGUCCUCUCGAUCAGCGCCGCCAAUUUCCAUACCCCCAGUGCAGUGAUCCACGUGCGCACCAAAUCCCUUCCGGCAUCUCAAUCUGAAGAAAAUGCUCCGUCGACAGGUCCUACGAUCCGGGCCUCAGUUCCCCGGUCGACUGCUGGACUUCCGACUCCUUCGGCGCCACUGAUGGCCCGCGAACAUAGUGGGGGUCCGAUGCAGGGGAAGCGAUCAUCGGUUGGGCGUAGACAGUCCCCCGCCGCCGGCAAUACAGACCUUUCGCACAGUCAUCCGGAGAGUAUGCAGCAUCACAAUGCUGCCUAUGAUCAAGACGAAGACAUCUCUCGGCUAGCGGAUCGACUCAAAUCUCUGCAACAUGACAACGAGACCGUGGAGCGACAAACUGCUGAAGAAGAUGAGGAACAUAUUGCGCUUCUCAAGGAGCUUGAGAAACAGCGGGAUGAGUUGAGGAAGCGCGUGAGAGAAAAGGACGAGGCCAGUGGUGAUCUCAAGAAGCAUGUCAACAAGCUGGAGAGCGUCAAUCGUACGGUGCAAAGUGAAAAGGCCAAGCGUGAGAGAGUGCUCCAGCAGAAAGAGGCCGAUCGCAAAAAACGGAAGAGUGAUCUUCUACGAUGGCGAGAACAGGUUGCUCAGCUAUGUACUGAGGCUACGCGCGUUAGGGAAGAGAAGUUGCGUUUGGAGGAGGAGGGAAGGAAGGAAGCCGAGGAACUCAGCGAGAAGCUCGCAAAGGAGCAAGCCGAGAUUAAGAUAUUGGAAGGGGAGAUUCAGGACAAAGGUGGUAGGGUCAAGAAGCUCGAGGAUGACAGGAAGGACCCAGAUGCGGAUGGAGACGAUGGCAAAGAGCUGGAUCGAAUUGAUAACGAACGGGCCCGGCAGUGGGAAAUCAAGUUCAACAGUCUUCAAGCACAAUACGCCCACCUUGUUGGCAUCAGCACCCGAGCCCAUCAAGAGUACCAAGAAGCACAGGACCGCUUGAAGUGGUUAACCUCGCAACGCGCCGCCAGCGGCGCUGCUCCAUUCCCACUAUCCGCUCUGGAUCUGGACUUGCCCAGCGGUGCAACUAUCCGUCCCCCGCGUCGUCACCGCAGUUCCCUCAAUAGCAACGUCUCAUCGCCGAUGAACUUCCCUCCUUUGGAGCCGUUUCCUACCAGCAUAGCCUACAACCCUCCUACAACCAGCUCUCCUACUUUUGCUCCAGCGCCGUCUUUCUUCAACAUCAACAAUGGAAUGACCCUUCCCGGUCUGACAGGUGACUCUGAAAGUUUCCGUCGGGGGUCCGACUUUUCCAUUGCCAAUCCCCAAAUGAGUCCUCGGGCGGAUGCACUGCUCCCGUCCGAUCUGUUAGGCGACGAAGAAUCCCCAGAGUUACCUAGACCUAUCAUAAGACCUCGGUUCUCAGAUAUUGAUCAAUCGACCACUCAGCGUGAUAGCUUCCCUACCGGGCCGGUGUCGCCAGUGUCUUCUGGAAGUCGACCGGCAAGUCUUCUCACCAGUCCACAGGAAUCACAGAAUCGCUCCCAGGACGUCGAUAAUCAAACUCUGCCUCUAGGCGUUGCAGAUGAGGCCCCCAAAAGUGCGACGAGACGACUGUCUGGCUUUUUCGGCCUCAAUCGCCCGCGUGGAAAAACUCUCGCAGAGGAAGGGCCUCUUCUGGGAACCCUGAAGCCAGGUCAGAGCCAGUCAUUCCCUCGAGAGUUUGAUGAGAUAGAUCCCAUCACGUCCAGGCGUCGUCGUCUAAGCCACACCACCAGCUGGGCCAACCCAAUGUCUUUGCUCCCGAGGAACAACACAACUGGCGGAGUCACCGCGGACAGCUCGUCGGAUCAUCUGCCCUCCAGGCGCACUGCAAUCUCCAGUAUAUUUUCACCCAGUCGGUUCGGAUUUGGCAGCAACAAUAGCCUGAGCAAGUCUGGCGAGGGGUCUGGCUACAACCAAUUUAGCCCUAGACACGAUCCUAUCGACCCAUCAUCGAUACUGGGUACGGUUCGACGGGGCUCGUUGUCCCCUAAGCCAUCGUCCGCAUUUUUAGAUAACCUGCUCCCUCAUCCUUCCACAGAUAAUCGCCACUUUGGUUGGCCAUCGGCAGACAAGUCUGGUCACCGCAGUCCCCUCGGGUUCGAUUGGGCUUCCCCAUCCACAUGGUCGAGAACACAAUCCAGACGCCCGUCUACUACUCAUUACGGCUCUUCCGGCCAUCUCCCUCUAGGUCUCGCGGAGACUGAUUUUAUCGACGACUCAUCGACCUUUGAAAGACAAGGUCGCCCGUUGCAGGCGCCUAUUGGCACACGGCCGUCGUCCUCGCAUCGCCCAAUCACUCCGAAGUUAAACCCGGCGGCACCUACGUUUGACAUAUUCGGGAAGCGAUCCAACAAGAAGGAAGGAAAGGACAAGAAGGGGAAGGAUAAGGAUGCGGAUACGUCAUUUGACAUGGCGUUUGAAGGCGAUUCCCCCUCGGAAUCCCGCGUCUCUCGGGAUUCUCGAUCCCUCAGCAACUUUCCGCGUGACUCUUAUGAGGACCUUGAACGCAUGCCGUCCGCUGCCUCCACGGAUAACGCCGGAUCGAAAGAAUCAUUUAUCCGAAAAAUUACCCGGAAAGGCAGCUCCAGCAAGUUUAACUCUUGGAAGGAUCGCUCGAAUCUAUUUUUCAAGAAAGGAGAUUCAUCAGCAGGCGACAUUGAAGAGGAUGGCGACGAUUCGCACCUUGCCAAGAGCAUCGAUAGCACUGUUUCUAGCACACAUUCAGCCGACAGGUUGAGCAGGAGCAGCCUAAACUUCUUUAGCCGCAAGUCGAAGAAGUCGGACAAGGCGGCCAGCGAGACUAGUGAAAGGCCCAGCGAACGGGCCAGUGAGUUUGGUGAUGAUGACAUUCCUGAGGAGGAGACUACCUCCUGA